GGGAGGAGACACUUGGGAUGGAUGGGGAACAGUGUUGUUUGUAGCAGCUCAGGUUGUAGGAGGACAGAUUGGGGCUUGCUAUAGAACAAAAAAAGGAUACUAUAAGACAGUGUGUUUGCAGCAGCUCAUCGGUUUCAAGUCACUGUAUCGCGUCGCAGAUAGAUGAUCCUGUAGUUCUACAUGACUUCUGUCUUUAACGGGACAAUAUGGAGACUUAUUCGGCCUGCGGGUUGUGGACACUUUUAAUGUACAUCAUUAGUAUAUCAUCAACAUCAAGAGACACAGGCGGUACAGUUCAACCCAUUGUGGCCUUAGUUGGUGAUGACGUCAUCCUGCCUUGCACCCUGAGAAGCACUAUCAGUGCUGUGCAUCAGACAGUAGAGUGGCAGAGACCGGACCUAAAACCAAAAGAGGUCCAUCUUUACAGAGAUGAGAAGGAGGAUCUGGUGCUCCAGAAUCCAGUCUUCAGGGGAAGGACGUCACUGUUUAAAGAAGAACUAGAGAACGGCAACGCUAGUUUAAAGUUGACCAGAGUGAAACUCUCUGAUGCUGGAAACUACACCUGUUACAUUCCACUGCUGGACCACCAGAAAAGCAUCAUUCAACUCAUUGUUGGUGAGUCAACACACCUGCUGACCACCCAAACCCCCUUAGGAGACAGAUCUCAUGAAAUCAAGGGUGCUGCAUCUAGACCAGUUAUCAUCAUUGAGGGAAUCAAAGGCGAUGAGGUGGUCCUGCGGUGUGAGGCUGAAGACUGCUACCCAGAGCCUGUCAUGGAGUGGUGGGACGCUCAUGGACGUGUCCUCCCUGCUGCUGGACCUACAGAGACAUCCAGAGACCGUGAAGGCUGCUACACUGUGACAAGCCAUGUUAACGUCCCCAACUCUGACAACAACACCUUCACCUGUCGGGUUCAACAGUUGGAGAUCAGACACAUGAAGGAGAGACAGGUUCACGUUCCAGAUCAAAUGUUUCCUAAGACGUGUCAUUCCUGCUGGCUGACAGUUCUGGUUGCAGUUCUGGUUGAAGCUGUAGCUGGAGUUGGAGUCGGAGCUGGAGGUCUCUACCUGUUGAUAAAAAAAGAGAUAUUGACCUUCAGAAAGGAACGAAGAAGGAAUGAAGAAGAACAAGGAGACGAUGAAGAAUGAGGAAGAUGAGGCCAUUGAAUCCAGUCUGUCAUUGGUUUAAAUGUGAAAUGAUCUAUAAUAAUAGUGUUAUGUGCCAUUUAACAGACAUGUUUGGAUGGUCCCAGGAAUCAAACCCACUAUCCUGGACUUACAAGGACCUUAACUAUGACUAUAUAGGAAUAUGCAUGGCUAUAUUUACAUUUGAGUCAUUUAGCAGACGCUCUUAUCCAGAGCAACUUACAGGAACAAUUAGGGUGAAGUGCCUUGCUCAAGGGUACAUCGGCAGAUUUUACAUCUUGUUGGUUCAGGGAUUUCAACAAGCGACAUUGGUUACUGGCCCAACGCUCUUAACCACUAGUCUACCUGCCGCUCCAUAUACAGCACUAUGUCAUCAGCAUUAGUUUUUUCUAUCAGACAUCUUUGGUGUAGUUUACGUAGUCUGUGCUGAUUUAUUUGAUUUAUUUCAUCAUAUAGUGAAAGGACCAGCUAUUGCAUACAGAAGCAAUCAAUGCCUGGCUGAGUUGGUGAGAGACUUCUGUGUUGCCGGGGUCGCGACACAGGUCAGCGUAGGGAGUUGCUGUAGGGACUCUUAUCAGGCUCUUCUCGGGUACUAAGAUUUGUCUCUGGGGUCAAAAUGACCUUUAACUGUGCCAAAGAGGGGCAUUGUAACUUCACUGCCAAAAUUACCAGGUGCUCUAUGCUGUAACUUCAAUAUUGAAGUAAUAUUGAAGGUCAGUCCACCUCACUGACCUUCAAGGUAGACUAGAGAAGAACGGGAGAAACUCCCCAAAUACAGGUGUACCAAGCUUGUAGCGUCAUACCCAAGAAGACUCAAGGCUGUAAUCGCUGCCAAAGGUGCUUCAACAAAGUACUGAGUAAAGGGUCUGAAUACUUAUGUAAAUGUGUAUUUUAUUUUAUUUUUUUAUUUUUUUUGCAAAAAUCUCUAAACCUGUUUUUGCUUUGUCAUUAUGGGGAAUUGUGUGUAGAUUGAAAAAAAAACUAUUUAAUUUUUUAAAAUAUAAGGUUACGCUGUAUGCACUGUACUGACAUGCAUGAUUGUUGAUCAUGUUCAGAAGAAGGCAAUUAAAUAGUGUACUGUACACAGCAGCCCACAGCAGCCUCAACUCUGACAGCUGUGUAGCUGCUGGCCAAGUCAUUCAGAGACUUUAUCAUUCAGGAUGGAACUUUCCUCUGCUGCUAUUUUUACCAUGUAAUGUUACUACGACAACAGCAUCAGAACACCCUAUAGAACAACAGUUUAUGUAUUUACCUAGUCGGCUUGUUGCCGUGUGUUAGAGGAAUGUUCCUCCUGAGAUAAAUUCCCGUUGCGAUAGGGAGAGAAACGUAUUCUGACGGGCAGUCAAUGCACAACAAUUCAUAAUGCAAUUGAAGGAUAGCAGUUUUUACGGAUCUAGAAGCACAAGCAUUUCGCUACACUCGCAAUAAUAUCUGCUAUCCACGUGUAUGACAAAUACAAUUUUGAUUUGUAAUGUAUGUGAGGUCUUUUGAGACAUCAUACUAAAUAUGUUGACUUGCUGGUCAAGGGAAAUGCAAGUUUACUUCUUUGAGUUGCUGAGUCAGAGACGCUAAGCCUUGUGGGAUAUUAAUGAAUGUGAACUCAGCAACCGUAAUUCCAGAACAGUCCCACUGUUGUAAUAGUGGGAUGUGUAUCUUCUGACAGACUCUAUGCUGAGUAAAGUCAGAACUCAUUUUUGCUAAAUCAGCCUUUGGAUUCCUUGCACCUUGUGUUUGGAAGAAUAUACAAUGCACUUAAGAAAUGGAGGAAUUGGUGUCUAAGGCAUUUGAUGGUUGUUAGGGGACCUUAUUACUGAAUAAUGUCUGUUUUUAUGAUCGUGUUUUACUUUUCAUAUAUUUUAAUGUGUAGUUUGUAUUAUAUUGUGGUGAUAUACAGGGCUCACCUCCUGGAAAGGAGACCUGUCUCAGCAUUAACUUCCUGUCAAAAUAUACAAAUUUCUAAAGACA